AUUAGUUAAUGCUGAUGACACAAGCUAGCUGACUUGCUGGCUAUAUUUGCGCAAAAGCUUUAAUAAGGUGUAUGUUUCAACAAGUGUGUUGUAUACAAUUAUAACUUAAGACGUGAAAUAAACGGAUACCACUGUAAAUGCAGUAGAAGGAUGAUACAAAUUCACUGUAAAGUCAACCGGGUGCCGACAAGCAUGACUUGGAUUAAUUUUAAAAUCCAGAGCAGAAUGCCGGGUAGAAUAACCAUACAUGACAGUAUUAAGGGCGUGGCGGCGAUAUGUUUCCUGGUACUGAUAUACAGGAUCGGCUGGAACGGAGUAGCUAUCAACCAGAUUGUGCCAGAUCUGCCGUCAGUGGUGCUGAUGACGAUGCUUUUACUGCUCGUGGACAUAUGGCGCCUUCAGCCGGGACGUUCCCACUCUAUCCGCAGCCUUCUGAAGCAGUACUUCCUCCAGCGCACCCUCUACAUAGUCGGUCUUCUUAUGCACAAACAGUUUAACAAACUCAGCAACAAUGUAACCAAGCAUCAAGCAGAGCUCCUUCUUGAAAUACUGAAAACAAACGCCCAAACAAAUGUCGGUCAGCACUUUGAUAUAGGAUCUGUGCAAAGUGUAGAUGAGUAUAGAAGUAAAGUGCCAUUAACACGCUACGCAGACUAUGAACGGUUUGCUUCCGAGGUGUGCGACAAAGCUUCAGAGAAUGUGUUCUUCCCUGGCCAGGCCGACUACAUCGCUAAAACAUCUGGGACAACUUCCGGCAGAAGCAAACUCUUUCCGAAAUCUGUACGUUUGAUGCGACGGACUGCUGGAAAAUGGCUUCUCUUGUCUCAAAAAUGUUUUCUUGAGAUACAUAGAAAUAACUUUUUAAGGAAAUGGUUAGCUGUGAGGGUUAAUUCUAAGGCAUGUUUUUCUGACGCAGGUAUUAGAACGGGGCCGAUAUCGGGUUUAGGAUCAUCAUAUUCUUUAAAUCCCUACGUCGUGCCCGAUAUUGUUCAAGACGUAGACAACGAAGAGGACGUCAUAUACAUUAAUCUUGUAUUCGGAUUAAAAACUAACGACAUUUGCAAUCUGUUUUUCUCGACGUCACAAAUGGCUCUGCUCUAUUUCCAAGUCCUCGAAAGGAAAUGGACCACCAUUUGCAGUGAUGUUGAGAAAGGGGAAAUCACCGGUACAAGUCACGUGACUGAUGAAAUGAAGCAGAUUCUGGGACAGUGUUUGAAUGGUCCGGAUCUUGCCAGAGCGAUGUUUUUAAGAAAGGAGUUUAACAAAGGAUUUACGGACAUUGUGACCCGUAUUUGGCCAAAUUGUCCUGGCCUCUUCUGUCUUGCCACUGGCAGUUUUCAAACACAGGCUGACAUUGUAAGAAACAAGUAUCUUGGCGAAGUGCCUUUAUUUUCGCCAUUCCACGCCGGAAGUGAGGCUUUCUACGGAAUUAAUCUUCACCUCCACGAACCAGAGAUUGCCUACACCGCUAUGUCGCCUUUUAUUUUCUUCGAAUUCAUCCAUGAAAGUCAGCUCAAUGAAACAGAUCCUGAUACGUUACUUUGUCAUGAGGUGACGGUUGGUGAGCUCUAUGAGAUAGUUGUAACCACGUGGGAGGGGCUGUACCGCUACAGGAGCGAGGACGUUGUCCAGGUGACCGGUUUCAAUGGCACCAUCCCGAGAUACAAGUUCUGCAGAAGAGCGGGGGACAUACUCAGUGUGGAUACAGAUCGUGUUCCUGAAAUGUUGCUGGCAAACGCCGUGAGGAAAGCUACUAAUGCGAGGGGAAAACCAUUUGUGGAUUUUGUAUCAACAGAAAGCACACAUAUCGAGGAUAAAGCCCAUCGAGGGUAUUACGCAGUGUUCAUAGAACUGGAGGAGAGUCAUAUCAUUACAGAAGAAGACAAUAUGAUCAUGGACGAAGAGCUACGUCGCCUGCAUGAGUGUUAUGACUUGUUCCGGAAGAGUGGAAAGCUUGCCCCGGUCCGCCUCUUUCAGGUUACUGGACGCUCGUUUGAGUUACUGGCCAAGGCGAUUAUCGCCUUAAAUCAGAGUACCUCCAUGCAGUACAAACUACCUCGCAUCAUCCGACGACGACCGCUUUUGGAACACCUAAUGAGUCACAAGAUAGAUGCCUCUUGAAAUUUAGACCAUUGUUUACCGAAGGGAAACCAUGAAUGGUUAUCGUCCUCAACCGGUCCACUGUCAUGCAGUACUAUCUACCUCGCAUUAUCUGGCGACGACCGCUUAUGGAGCAGCUAAUUAGUCGUCAUAUAUAUAUGACUCAUGAUGAAAUCUUGGCCAUUGCUGAACGAUGGGCAUCUAUCUACCAACGGUGAUUGCCCAUCAGCAGGGCACUUCCAUGCAAUACACACUGCCUCGCAUCACCUGGCGGCGACAACGAAGAUGCUUCUUGAUAUCCAGACCAUGGACCAUGAAUAGAAACAAGUGUCACAUGUCGAACGGUCAGCCAAACCGUUAGGACACCUAAUGCCUUGGAGACAGUGCAAUGGUAUAUCAGUCAGAGGCCCUUCUUCAACAAAUUAGAAGGAAUGUGUUGCAAAAUGACAGGAUAAUAAGCCCAUGAAGCAGCACCAGGCUGCACGCUAACACAAUAUCAAAUAAUCUCAGGAAUGAGUUAUUUUUUGCCAUAAUUACCCAGUCCGGAAUAGACGAAGAGCUUUCUUUGCUUCAAUGUGUAACAUGUUUUAUAUUGAAAUUAUAAUCGCUUAAUCAAUGUUACUAGUAUUUAAACAAGUUGAAUGUCUGUAUUUACAUCAGUAAAACUAAAUUAACAUUGUGGUAUCAUAGUUUUUAACGAAACGUCAUCUUUUGUUCAUAUCAAUUCGAUAAGCAUGCAUACUAUGAGUGUUACUUUCUAUCAUUAUGAAAUAAAACUAAAUAUUAU